AUGUCAGGAGUGUGGGUUUUUGACAAGAAUGGAGUGGCAAGGCUAAUAACAAACCCAACAAGGGAAUCCUUCGAGCAGAAAGACCCAACCUAUCCUGGCACAGCAACCGCACCCGGGGCAAGACCAAGGGUCUUGGUCUAUCUCCCAAGCAACCAGGUUAUUCGUUCCUACACUGAACUUGAGCAGCGACUCACCGAACUCGGCUGGACUCGCUACCGUAACUCUGACCACCCGGACCUCAUCCAGUUCCAUCGCUCCGACACCUCCUCCGACCUCAUCUCUCUCCCCAAAAACUUUGCCAACUUUAAACACUUUCACUUGUACGACAUCGUCCUUAAAAAUCGCCCUUUCUUUCAAGUUCGUGACCCCACUAAGCGAUUCCAAGAAGCCUAA